AUGAGCCAUCAAAUUCCACUUUUCCAGCCAAACUCUAAGCAGCGACUUUUGUCCUGCAUAUUCAAUCCUCAUAUAUUUCUAACACAUGCCAUUUUCUUGAUAAUAAUAUGGUCAUCUUUUGAGAUAAUGACUAUUUCUACCCAAAGGACCGGUACACCGAUAAAUCCCAUAACUGGAGAACGUUUAGGUUCAUCCUCAACCUACACCAAUACAGCGACAAAAACGAUUGUAUCCCUAUCAAUAGCGACAUCAACGCCUACUCCGAAAAUUACUCUAUCGAGUCCUAAAUUGGAAGAAAUCGUGAACGAGUUUUUAGAAUGGAAGACAAAUAAUUCUGUCACACUGAUCAAUGAAAUCUUGAGGGGACCCCUUCACUAUGAAAUAACCAACAACAUGUCCUACUGGAACAGCUCUCUAUUUAUGAAUAUGGAACAUUACAUGAGCUCACUGGAAACUUUAUUGGGAUACAACAGCAGCAUUUAUGCAAAUCUCUUUGAGCAAGCAAAAAGAAUUAAUGGUACAAUAGAUGAACUUUCGAAGGCAGGGUUUGUUGUGUCUUCAGACGAAGCUUAUUCCCUGACAUCGGGCUUGCUACUCGACUACUCUUUUCUCGAUGUAUUAUUCAAGAAUACUUCUCUGAACUUGGAAAGUUUGCGAAAUAUUCGUGCAUUUCCGCUACCAAGUGUCAAUCUAACAAAUAUCUCGUGUCAAGAUGCACUCAACAAAUUUCUUAAGAAUCCAGAUGUAAUAUUGUCAGUGCAACGAUUACAAGAACGUACUGAGAUGUUUUUUCAAACCUAUAGCAUAUCUCAAUUAACAAAGUUGGACAAACGGGAGAAUUACAUACACUUGUUUCCUAGACUAAAAAAUGAUAACUACAAUUCUAGGUUGAAGAAAAAAUGCCAACAACUCUCGAUUUUUGUCGUGGUAGAUUAUUUAAUUUGGGUUCUUCUUUUGGCAAACUUAACGCUGGUAUGUUACAAACUCGAAGUGAGUUGUUUCAAUACAAUUUUGGUGCAGCAGCUGUGGCAUGCAGAAAGACUCUUAAUGGGCCCUCAAGAAGGCCCGCAUUUUCCUGUUGAAUUGCAUAAAAGAUUCAAAACCGCAUUACAUUAUUUGAUGUUUACUACAAGAUAUACGAUAAUUGAAUUCAUCACAGAAAAGCAAUUUGUUGUGAUCGAGAAAUUGUCCUUCCAACACAUUAAUAAUGCAAAAGAAUUGGUCAGAGGACGAUCAAAAACUGCAUAUCAUCGCUUAAGAGCGUUUAAUUGGUGGAUUUUUACCAACGGAAAAGAUUUAUGGAUUUUUUUUGUAACUGUAGUGAUGGCGUUUACAAUCAUUUGCUCUCUAUUGGAUAUUGAGACCGAUACAGCGGAUUCACUUACUAAACGAUACGACGACUAUCUCAUCAAUUACAAUCCGAGCCUUUUUGAGAAUGUUGAUCAGGCUUGUUCGAAUUUUGAAAGAGACAUCGACAAUCAACUUAAAAGAACGUUGUCUGAUUUACUAUUUAAUGAGGGAAACGGAACCCUAACUAUGGCUUGCAGUAAUAUAGAUAUGGGUAUGCAGGAACUCGCCAAUUCAUUAAACCCAUUACUGCUAAAUCAAAAGCUAAUACCUCCAUGGGAAUUUGGAAAUUUGUCAUUCAAUAUUCCUGUCUCGACUCUCCCGGCAUUCUUGGCAAAUUCCAUAUUUAAUCAAACUAUCUCAGCGCAUGAAAAGGUUACUUUUAUCCCGCGAUCUUUAAGUAAAAGGUCCAGUACAGAACUACAAAAAGGCAUCAAAGAUCGAGUUCAAGUUAGCUACAAGAGAACGCUCGUUUUUUUUUAUGUUGCGUAUGUUUCCACCACCUGCUCGGCUUACUUGCAAUGA